CAAGCUACAAGCAGCAAGUGUUUUUGUUUUGCUGAGACAUACAAAAGUCAGUUACCAUAUUAAGCGCAAAGUAGACACAAUUAAGGUCUAGUGCGGUAAACAACUUAAAAGUCUAUCCAAAAGUAAUUAAUUCACAGAAAAGUUAUAAAUUUCCUACCUCAACCAUGAGUCACGCAGUCACGAUUACCCGUACCACCACAACCCAUUCAUCAACAACAUCGGCUCUUAUCAUUAAUACUGGCUAUAUGAAGACUAUUCCCGGUAUCCUAAAGCUUCUUCAACUGAUCAUUGGAGGCCUUUGUGUAUUCUUUGUCAGUUGGAACUUCUGGUCGACUUAUACAAGAAAUACAGAAUUGUUCUUCCUAUGCAUGGCUGUUGCGUUCUUUAUAGGGACGUUUUGUCUAUUAGUAUCUUGUUUAGUUUCCUUAAGCACUGGAGGAAUCAUUUCCAAGACCAUUUAUGAGCUCAUCUAUCAUUCAGUUGCAUUCAUCUUAUACUUAGUUGCUUCCAUAUUAUUAAUGAUGAAGGCCUCGGAUUAUCGUCUUUCAAGUUCGCAUCCAUUCAUGAUUGCUGCUAUACUUGGACUUAUCAACUCGGCAUUGUACUUAGUGAGCACCUUUUAUGCUCAACGCUCAUAUAGAGGAAUCUAAGAAGCUUGAAAUCUUUCGGACAUGACAGAGAUCGAAUGAGCACAAAUAUUACUUUGUCAAUGUGUUCUCAUCGCUUUUUUGAUAUUUUAAGAAUUUUUCGUACUCAUCGUCAAUAAUCUCGCUUACCAGUAAUUUUAAAGGAAACUAACAGCCGUGUCAUAUUUUUAAGGAAUUUGAAAUUAUCACUCUUUUAAUCAGUUGUAGUCCAGUUUUAGCACAUGAUAAUUGAGCAUAUUACGGUAAGUGUAAGUGCUCAGUUAAAUGAACUUUUUAAUCUGGACUAGAUCUUCAAAAAAAAACUUUAUUAAUCUAGUGAUUACCGGAACAGCAUUAAAGACCAACUUGUUGAUGCAAUUUUGGUAAAAUUUCAAAUUCCCAAUCAUUUUUUUGAGCUUAUUAAAGUAAAAAAGUUGUAUUUUG